AUGGCUGCUGCCGGCGCCCUCUUCACCCCCGCCUGCCCGCACCAGUACCCGCACCAGUACCCGCACCAGUACCCGCACCACUAUCCGCACCACUAUCCGCACCCCGGACGCUUCUCCCCUUCCUCAGCAGCCAUGUCUGGCCCGCAUCCAAACCCCAAGGACAGCCUCAAGUCGACCUGGCGGCAAGGGGAUCGCAGCCACUGGACUCCCGCGCACUGGUUCUACGAGAUCCUCGACCUCCAUCCGCAGCUCGAGAACCAGCCCGUCCCCGUCUUCCCAAAGUCCGACAAGGUCCCGCAUCUGCCCGACUGGGAGCUUUACCGAUGGGUCCUGUUCCACGCCGCCCUCCCUCUGGUCCUGCACCAGCUGUACGUCCUCGCCGCGGGCCGCAACCUGACGACCCUCCAGGCCAUCGUCUUAUACAGCUUCUUCUUCAAAGUCGCCGCCAUCCGCGAGAUCCGCGCCCUCCGAGCGACCGGCCACAGGUACGGCUUCUUCGACGGCGACAGCCACGGGCGAGACGGCGUCCCCGACGUGGGCGUCCGCAAGGUCAUGAGGUCCCUGCUCUCCACCUCGACCUUCCGCCCCGUCUUUACCGUCUUUCUGGCCUACCGCGUGGCUGAGACGCCCGCCCACGCGCAUUGGUGGUGGCUGCCCUUGGAAGCCGGUCUGUACGGCAUCGUCCUCGACUUUUACUUCUACUGGUACCACCGCCUGAUGCACGAGGUGCCCGGCCUGUGGAAGUUCCACCGCACCCACCAUCUCACCAAGCACCCCAACCCGCUCCUGAGCCUCUACGCCGACACCGAGCAGGAGAUUUUCGACAUUGCCGGCAUCCCGCUCCUGACCUACUUCACAUUGAAGCUGCUGGGCUGUCCGAUGGGCUUCUACGAGUGGUGGGUGUGCCACCAGCACGUCGUCUUUGCCGAGCUGGCAGGCCACAGCGGCGUCCGGGUCAACGCCACGCCGCCCAAUCCCUUCAUGUGGCUCUUGCGCCUGCUGAAUGCGGAGCUUACCAUUGAGGACCACGACCUGCACCAUCGCAAGGGCUGGAAGUCGAGCGGCAACUAUGGCAAGCAGACCCGCCUGUGGGACCGCAUCUUUGGCACCUGCAAGGACAGGAUCGAGGGCGAGACCUGCAACGUGGACUAUGCGAAUCCGGCUACCAUGCCUCUGUGGGGAGAGGCGGGGGCCGGCUUGCAUCGUGCGAGGUGA